UGUGCGUCUGGGUGUGAGAGAGAAAGAUUAAAAUUGGACCAUCUGCAGACUUUGAUUUAGCAUCAAUGGCUACAGCAGGCGUUUUGUUCAAUGCUUUGCUGUAUUAUGAGCAUUAGUAAACCAUCGCGCUUUGACUGAUUCUCAGGAGGAUCCGUGGCAAGUGCCACUACCACUGUACCUUCACCUGACAUCUAAAACCAGGCCGAAAUGGAUGCUAGUUUUGCAUCCACGUUUCCAGCAGUCCCACAGGUAGCAAAAGCGGAAACUAAUUACAAGCAGCAUCGUAGGACCCCUUCAACCUCCAGCACUCUGACCUACUCCACUCGUGACGACGACGAUGGCAUGCCACCCAUCAGUACCCCUCGCCGCUCAGACUCUGCCAUCUCCGUUCGCUCGCUGCAUUCUGAAUCCAACAUGUCACUACGCUCCACCUUCUCCCUGCACGAGGAAGAGGAAGACACGGAGCCGCAGGUGUUUGCGGAGCAGCCCUCAGUCAAGCUUUGUUGCCAGCUGUGCUGCAGUGUGUUCAAGGACCCGGUCAUCACCACCUGUGGACACACAUUCUGCAGGCGAUGUGCCUUGACCUCAGAGAAAUGCCCGGUGGAUAAUUCGAAGCUCACAGUGGUAGUGAAUAACAUAGCAGUGGCUGAGCAAAUCGGAGAGCUUUUCAUCCACUGCAAGUACGGUUGUCGUCCAGCUGCCUCGGGCAAGUCUGGUGCCUAUGAGGUCGACCCACUUGGCUGUCCUUUCACCAUCAAGCUCAGCACCAGAAAAGAUCAUGAAGUAAGCUGUGACUACAGACCUGUUCGCUGUCCCAACAACCCCAACUGCCCUCCAUUGCUCACUAUGAACCUAGAGGCCCAUCUGAAAGAAUGUGAACACAUCAAGUGCCCUCAUUCUAAAUAUGGUUGCACCUUCAUCGGGAAUCAGGACACAUACGAAACUCACCUGGAGGUGUGUAAGUUUGAGGGGCUGAAGGAGUUUCUUCAGCAGACGGACGACAGAUUCCAUGAGAUGCAGGUGACACUGGCGCAAAAGGACCAGGACAUCUCGUUCCUGCGCUCAAUGCUUGGUAAACUCUCAGAGAAGCUGGACCAGCUUGAGAAGAACUUGGAACUCAAGUUCGAUGUGCUGGAUGAGAAUCAGAGCAAGCUCAGUGAAGAUCUGAUGGAGUUCAGGCGAGAUGCUUCCAUGCUGAACGAUGAACUGUCUCACAUCAAUGCCAGGCUCAAUAUGGGAAUACUGGGCUCCUACGACCCCCAGCAGAUCUUCAAAUGUAAGGGUACUUUUGUGGGCCACCAGGGUCCGGUGUGGUGCCUGUGUGUUUAUUCGACAGGCGAUCUUCUUUUUAGUGGGUCAUCAGACAAAUCCAUCAAGGUUUGGGACACGUGCACCACAUACAAGUGCCAGAAGACCCUCGAAGGCCAUGAUGGCAUUGUUUUGGCGUUGUGCAUUCAGGGGAACAAGCUGUAUAGUGGCUCGGCUGAUUGUACAAUCAUCGUUUGGGAUAUCCAGACCCUGCAGAAAGUGAACACCAUCCGGGCACACGACAACCCUGUGUGCACUCUAGUGUCCUCACACAACAUGCUCUUCAGCGGCUCUCUCAAAGCCAUUAAGGUGUGGGAUAUUGUUGGCACAGAGCUGAAGCUAAAGAAGGAGCUGACUGGUUUAAAUCACUGGGUUCGAGCUCUGGUUGCUUCUCAGAAUCAUCUUUACAGUGGAUCUUAUCAAACCAUAAAGAUCUGGGACAUCCGUUCUUUGGAGUGUGUCCAUGUGCUCCAGACCUCUGGAGGCAGUGUGUACUCCAUUGCGGUCACCAACCACCAUAUAGUUUGUGGCACCUAUGAAAACCUCAUUCACGUUUGGGACAUCGAUUCCAAGGAGCAGGUGAGGACACUGACGGGCCAUGUGGGCACAGUGUAUGCCCUUGCUGUCAUCUCCACACCGGAUCAGACCAAAGUGUUUAGUGCCUCCUAUGACCGCUCUCUCAGGGUGUGGAGUAUGGACAACAUGAUCUGCACCCAGACUCUGCUGCGGCACCAGGGCAGCGUCACGGCCCUCGCUGUGUCCAGGGGAAGACUGUUCUCCGGAGCAGUAGACAGCACAGUAAAGGUGUGGACGUGCUAAACGUGACCGUUAAUCACUAUUAGUUGCGUCAACGGGUUGAUUAAUCUCACAAAUCUCUCACAACUCAGAAUCAACACGGACUUCAUGAAUCUGUGUCUACGAGAACGAAUAUUCAAGCAAACAUUACAGUACAUUGGACAGGAAAUAUUCGUAUUCUCUACCCUUUGGACACGGACAUCUGCCCGGUUCAGAUUUGUAAAGUGUUAAAGACGCCUGAGUUCAUGUGAAGAAUGAAGGAUUUGUUUGCUUUCACAUGCCACAGAGCAUCCAUACCUGCAGUCUUUAUGAACUCCAGACAACACUGUAUUUUAUAUACAUAAGAUUUAUUUCCUAUAAAAGUAUGAUUUUAGAUUUGGUAAGACUUCAACUCUACAAACGAAUCCAGUCGAAGGUCAUGUUUCCUGCAGACCUGGGAAAUGUCGAUGUGAUGACUGUUGAACUUUGACCGUUUUGAGUCACAGUCUGACGACUGAGUGAGUGCCUAAACUUCAGCCUGGUUCCCAGGGAGAUGCUUGGAGUUCCUAUCAUCCCUGGGCUGAAUGGAGACCUACACUAAACCAACUUGGGCCUAAAACAGCAGAGCAUUGUUUUGGACAACACAGUGCCCUUGUUUUUAAUCUUGGAUUUGACAGUGCCAACUGAACUCCUCAGAUAUUUUCUAACCGCCUGUUGACCGAUGUGAAACCUUUGUAAUGAUCGACUCAUCCAUCAUGCUUUCGUGUAAAUAAUGCAACGUUCCCUUACCAAAGGCGCAACUGCUUCAUGCUUGCCUCCAUGUUUGCGAUGGAAACCAGUUUUUGCCCACGCAAAGCUAGUAAGACUUUUACAAUGUUAGCUGUGCUAGUUACUAUCUUUUUAAACUAAGUAACAAUUAGUCUUAUUAGUUUGAUGAGUGUAAAGCACUUAAUUCGUCAUCACUAAGCAUCCCAGCUUAACUUUCCAGAAAUAACGAGUGCUUGGGGUGGAAGGGAACACUGCGUUUAAUGUGGGAUUGAGUUUCUCUUUCAGCUUAAAGGCAUAGUUCACCACAAAUCAUUUGUCAUUUAAUGACUGAAGUUCUGUCAUUUAUUUUACUUGCCUCAAACUUGUAUGACUUGUUCUGUAAUGUGGAAAAUCAAAGAAGUUAUUUGGAGAUUCCAUUUGUUUACCAGCAGUAUUGAAAACCGAUUUCAAAGUAUCUUUCAUAUAUUGAAAGGUAUAUUAUUCUCUCUUCAGUAACUUUAUUUACCACUGAGAAAGUAAAGGCCAAUUCACACGGCACCAACAGACGUAAACAAACACUUGUUGUGGGGUGUGUGACUUUUGUUGUGUACGAUAUAGCAAUUGUUUAUAUGACAACACGUGAGCUAACGUUUUCACUCCUUUUGAAAAAGAACAAGCAAGAGGACCGUUUUCUAAAUAUCAGCAUGUGUAGAAGAUCGCAAGUGUGAUGUUGAGUUUACACAAGUUACAUUUUAGACAAAAUAGUCUUGUUUCGUCAAUCAAGCUGGAGCAGAGCUUUAUUUGAAGAGUUCAGAUGCAAAUAAGUAUCAUCUAAACUGUUCUAAAAUGAGCUCCUUGUGCUCAAUCUCCUAUAUUUAUGUUCAGUCAUUUAAUUUUUAUGGUUUCAUUGUAUUUAAAGUGAAAUAACUGAGCAUAAAUAUAGGAGGCCGAGCAAUAUGAUCAUUUCAGAUGACACUUAUAGGCUUCUGCAUCUGAACUCUUCAUUGAGAACUACUUUGACACAUUUAGAAUCGAUGAUUCAUUAAUAAAAACAGUCAUUUGAUUAUUUAUUUGAAUGAAUCAGCAAUUUGAUGAAUGAUUUAAAGGGAGAGCCAUCAUUUACUCACCCUUCUUAUUUAAAACCUAUUUGAGUUUCGUUCCUUCAGUUGAAUACAAAAGAAGAUAUUUUGAAAAAUCCUGGUAGCUGACACUCAUUGACUUCCCUAGUAUUUUGUUUUUCUUACUAUUUAAGUUGAUGGAUGCCAGCAACCAACAUUCUUCAAAUGAUCUUCUUUUGUGUUCAGUAGAAGAAAGAAACUCAUAAAGGUUUAAUACCACAUGAGGGAGAAUAAAAGAAGUCAUUUUAAAUGUGAACUAUUCCUUCAAUGGAUUGCUCAUUAAGAAUGGGACUUGAACAAAUGGCACAAAACAUGUUCAGCAAAAUGUUGUUUAAUUACACGUGCGUUUUUUAAUUUCGUAAUACAGCACACCCUACUUUAGAUCUCAUUAUGGUCAUCUGCUGAAGCUUGUGUCCGCCACUUGAAAACUGGUCUGCUCUAUCAUUAUUAUAUGAGGAAACUUUAAUCUGGUGAUUGGCCUCAAGUCAUACAAGUUUGGAACAACAUCCACAAUGUGGCAGAACUUUAAUUUCUGGCUGAAUUAUCUCCUUAAUGUGAAGCAUACCAGAUGAGUUAAUGCUAAUUCAAGACAAAAGGCAUUAAAAACAGCUGCUACUUUGGAUUUCACAGUGCCUUUUUGUGGCUUGGAGCUACUCAAUCCAGCUCCAUAUAUAUAUAUUCAAGACAAUUCUGGAAGAAGAAAACUUCAGAUGCAUUGUUCUUAUAUUUCCCUCAUUAAACUUGUGGGAGGAUGCAAGGUUGCAACGCAAACUGAAAAGUUAAUUGUAUGAACCCUACAUAAGACAGGUUUUAUCAGACUGAGUAUUUGAUAAGUCAUCGCUAACCAACAUAAUGCGGCGUUGACUCCCUCUAGUGUCCUUAAUACAUUUUCAGUUGUAUCAAAUAAAUCUCUGAAAAGUG